GCAACUUCGGUCCGUCCGCGGAGCCGAGGAACCACAGAUACAAGCGACACAAAUGGCUGCAAUCGUGCGCACAACUUGGACUCUGGUUUGGAUUUCUACGAUAGUUUCGAGCACACGGAUUUAUCCCCCAAAUGAAGUGACAUUAUUGGACUCAAGAACAGUGCAAGGCGAAUUAAAAUGGGUUGCCAGUCCAACAGAAGGAGGGUGGGAAGAAGUGAGCAUCAUGGACGAGAAAAACACCCCCAUACGGACCUACCAAGUGUGCAACGUGAUGGAGCCCAACCAGAACAACUGGCUCCGGACAGACUGGAUCCCACGCGGAGGGGCCCAGCGCGUCUACAUCGAGAUCAAGUUCACGCUGCGCGACUGUAACAGUCUUCCCGGCGUCAUGGGAACCUGCAAGGAGACCUUUAACCUCUACUACUACGAGUCCAACAACGACAAGGAGCGCUACAUUCGUGAGAACCAGUUCUCCAAGAUCGACACCAUCGCCGCCGACGAGAGCUUCACGCAGGUGGAUAUCGGGGACCGCAUCAUGAAGCUCAACACCGAGGUCAGGGACGUCGGGGUGCUGACCCGGAAGGGCUUCUACCUGGCCUUCCAGGACGUGGGCGCCUGCAUCGCGCUGGUGUCCGUGCGGAUCUUCUACAAGAAGUGCCCGCUGACCGUGCGCAACCUGGCGCAGUUCCCCGACACCACCACGGGCGCCGACACCUCCUCGCUGGUGGAGGUGCGCGGCUCCUGCGUGGACAACUCGGAGGAGCGCGAGGUGCCCAAGAUGUACUGCGGGGCGGACGGAGAAUGGCUGGUGCCCAUCGGCAACUGCCUGUGCAACCCUGGAUUCGAGGAGCGGACAGGAGCCUGCCAAGCCUGUAGGGUUGGCUACUACCGAGCCCUGGCCACCGAUGACAGCUGCUCCAAGUGUCCCCCCCACAGCUACUCCGUGAGCGAGGGCUCCACAUCCUGUGCCUGCGAUAAGGGCUUCUUCCGCGCCGAGACUGACCCAGCCUCCAUGCCCUGCACACAGCCCCCGUCCGCUCCCCAGAGCCUCAUCUCCAACGUCAACGAGACGUCGGUCAACCUGGAGUGGACGGCGCCGGCCUCCUCGGGCGGCCGCUCGGACCUGGCCUACAACGUGGUGUGCAAGCGCUGCGGGCCGGGUCCGUCCCCCGGUGCCCCCCGCUCCUGCGCGCCCUGCGGCAACGGCGUCCACUUCUCGCCGCAGCAGCUGAGCCUGCGCACCACCCGCGUCUCCAUCACCGACCUGCAGGCCCACACCAACUACACCUUCGAGAUCUGGGCGGUCAACGGCGUGUCCACGCAGAGCCCCGGGCCGCAGCAGGCCGUCUCCGUCACCGUCACCACCAACCAGGCCGCUCCGUCUCCUGUUACGUCCAUCCAGGCCAAGGACAUCACCAGGCACGCCGUGUCGCUGGCCUGGCAGCAGCCCGAGAGGCCCAACGGAGUCAUCCUGGAGUACGAAGUCAAGUACUAUGAGAAGGACCAGAAUGAGCGUAGCUACCGCAUCAUGAAGACGGCGUCGCGCAGCGCGGACGUGAAGGGCCUGAGUCCGCUGACCGUCUACGUGUUCCACGUGCGCGCUCGCACCGCCGCCGGCUACGGAGACUUCAGCGCACCCUUCGAGUUCAUGACCAACUCAGUGCCGUCUCCCAUCAUAGGUGACGGAGCCAACUCCACCGUGCUGCUGGUGUCGGUCAUCGGCAGCGUCAUCCUCCUCAUCAUCUUCAUCGCCGUCUUCGUCAUCAGCCGCAGGAGGAGCAAGUACAGCAAAGCCAAGCAGGACUCAGACGAGGAGAAGCACCUCCACCCAGGAGUGAGGAUAUAUGUGGACCCGUUCACCUAUGAGGACCCCAACCAGGCUGUGCGUGAGUUCGCCAAGGAGAUUGAUGCGUCCUGCAUUAAGAUUGAAAAGGUCAUCGGCAUCGGGGAGUUUGGUGAGGUGUGCAGCGGGCGUCUGAAGAUGCCAGGGAAGCGAGAGAUCUGUGUGGCCAUCAAAACGCUGAAGGCCGGCUACACGGACAAGCAGAGGCGGGACUUCCUGUCUGAGGCCAGCAUCAUGGGCCAGUUCGACCACCCCAACAUCAUCCGCCUGGAGGGCGUGGUCACCAAAUGCAAGCCGGUGAUGAUCAUCACAGAGUACAUGGAGAACGGAUCCCUGGACGCCUUCCUGCGGAAGAACGACGGGCGCUUCACCGUCAUCCAGCUGGUGGGCAUCCUGCGUGGCAUCGCCUCGGGCAUGAAGUACCUGUCCGACAUGAGCUACGUGCACCGCGACCUGGCCGCCCGCAACAUCCUGGUCAACAGCAACCUGGUGUGCAAGGUGUCCGACUUCGGCAUGUCCCGCAUCCUGGAGGAGGACCCAGAGGCGGCCUACACCACACGGGAAUUAACGGGAACCUAUCAAUCGCAGGGAGGAAAGAUCCCCAUUCGCUGGACAGCGCCAGAGGCCAUCACGUACAGGAAGUUCACUUCGGCGAGCGACGUUUGGAGCUAUGGCAUUGUUAUGUGGGAAGUGAUGUCGUAUGGAGAGCGGCCAUAUUGGGACAUGAGUAACCAGGACGUGAUAAAGGCGAUAGAGGAGGGCUACCGGCUGCCCCCGCCGAUGGACUGCCCCGUGUCCCUGCACCAGCUCAUGCUGGACUGCUGGCAGAAGGAGCGCGCCGAGAGGCCCAAGUUCAGCCAGAUCGUCAAUAUGCUGGACAAGCUCAUCCGCAACCCCAGCAGCCUGAAGAGGACCGGAGGAGAAACCCACAGGCCCAACACAGCUCUGUUGGAGCCCAGCAGUCCUGAGUUCUCCUCCACGCUGGGCUCAGUGGCCGACUGGCUGGCCGCCAUCAACAUGGAGCGUUACCGCGACAACUUCACCGCCGCCGGCUACACCACCCCAGAGGCUGUGGUGCACCUGACUCAGGAGGACAUGGCUAGAAUAGGGAUUUCCUCUGCAGCACAUCAAGACAAGAUCCUCACCAGUGCACAAGGAAUGCUGUCCCAAAUGCAACAGAUACAAGACAGAAUGGUUCCCGUUUGAGACCAACAUAAAUGGAUAACAAUUUCAAAACAUAAUUUUUUUGGUUUGUUUUUUUAUGUGUUGGUUUUGAACUUUUUCGUUGGAAAUCCAUUUACCUCAUCCAUGCACUUUAAAUUAAAUACAAUUUUUGAACGUAAAAAGAAGACGACGGCAAAUUACGCAGCAGAAGAGACUGGAGGAUGAGAGCUAUUGAGCACUUUUUCACACAGAGCCCUCCAUGCCCUUCUAGCCAAUGGAAGCUUGUGAUUCACAUCGACAGACUGGAAAAUGGCUUCAGGAAGGCUAGACUGCUGUGCCUUCUGCAUUUCAGUGGAUCUUAAAAGGGUGUUCCUCUUCUCGACUUUGUUUGCUUUUUUAAAUGUAUGUAUCCGUGUAUAAAUGUAUAAAUAAUCCCUUGGGAUUCAGUUUUUUUUCUGCCAUUUUAAGACUUUUUGAGCAGAGUCGGUCCACCUGGCAGUUAACAACGGUGGAGAAAAUGGCGGCCUCAGAGAUGUAACGAUUUUCUUUUUUCUCUCUUUUUUUGAGAUUUUUUUCCCCCCCUCUCCCUUUUUCUUGGCUCGGCACUGCUCUCAUGCUGUAGGGAGGCAUUUAUCUGUGGUCGGGUUCUGUGCCGAGUGAAGC